GGACUCCCGGAGACAGACCGUCCCUGUCCGGCGCUGCCCUUCGCCCCCGGUAUCGCUCCUCCUAUUCACCACUAGAUCUGUUGUUUUCUUCAGCCCGACAAUUUUGGGGGUCGGUUGCGGUGGCCUUAGUGCUUGUAUUACCAUGAUAGGGUAGGGUACUGCUUAGUGGAUUUGCCUAUCCGGAAGGAUUUGUCCAAGGAUGAAUUUGGGCAGAUAUACCUUGUCGUGAGCUGAUCCAAUGAGGGUUGCCGAUUUACUCGUGUUCCUGUGAUUUGCAAAGGCUUGGCAUUCAAGGUAAGGGCGCAGUUUUUUGCCGGCUACUCAACUCCGCCGCUCAAUUCCUAGCCCCCAUCGAGAUCUCCAUGCCGUGAGUGUGUGAGUGAGGUGAUUUCCUCUAAUUCCAAUCUCCCAACUUUCUUCCCUUGGUGGCAUGGCUGCCUCUGGCUCUGCUCGGGAUGAGGUGCUGGCGAAGGAGGUGGAGUUGGAGUGCGGCGACAUCUCAGCCUCGCAGGAGGACCUCCUCGCCCGCUCCUCCUUCCUCGGCAGUGGCGGGGAGGAGCUCGAGGUGUUCAGCACCCCUCUUACACAGGGAGGGCAAGAACAGAGCCAACAACAAAAGCACCAGGGGGGCCAAGGUGGGGAAGAGGAGGAAGAUGCCAUCACCAUGUGCACCCUCCCCUUCACCCAGUCCCCUUCCCCUUCCCCUUCCUCUUCGGAGGAGGGGCUGACCGAGUCGAAGAUGAUGACAAAGCAGCCAUGGAAGCCUAGGGUUUGCACGAGGAAGGUGAGAGGCGCCCGGAUCAGGACCCCGAGCCCCAGCCCCGACCGCCACAACAGUAACAUUGUUGACCCUCUCUACAGGGUCAUGCUCAUGAUCCCCACCUCUCCUGCUGCUGCUGCUGCUCCCACCGGUGACCUCGUCGUGCUUGCUCGCCAGCGCGGCAUCUUCUUCUAAGUUGACAGUAACUGUAAGUAAGCAGCCUGCCUUGUGCCUGUAUACCAAUCCGAUCCGAUCCGAUCCAUAUAUUUAUCCUUCGAGUGCUUUCUUUACCUGGAAGGCAUUUUCUUGCUGUAUUUUGUUUGGCACAAGACAACUAAC